AUACUCAUCUGUAAGUCUAGUCCGUUGCAGUUCGCGAAAGAUAGAUUGGCGGUACAGCUUACUGAUGCAGUUACCUCCACCGCAACAUAUACCAACACCAUGAGUGGAAUUCCAUUGUUGGUGCUCUGGAACACGUCUUCCUAG